AUGAAAUUGGAGGUGAAAGAAAGACUAUUGAAUGGGGUUUUGGAGAGGAAAGAAACCGAGAGAAAGCAGCUUGGAGAAUUCCAGGGCUCUGUUGAUGAAAAGCUGAAGCAUAUAGCUCUGCGAGAACAGAAUAUUAAGGGUCUGUUGGAGAGAAAAGAAAGUGAACUCAGAUCCCGGGAGGAAUAUUUGGAGAAAAGAAAGAAUGAUCUUGCUUCUUCAGAGGAAUAUGUGCAGAAACGGUUAACUGCGCUUCUAUCAAAGGAGAAUGCGAUCAAUAGUAGGGAACAUGAACUAGAUGGAAAGGCGAAAGAUUUAGAGGAAAGGGACAUUGGUCUAGGUUCGAGAGAGGAAAUUGCGGGGAUUAGAGAAAAGUGGCUGGAUUCCAAGGAGAUGGCUUUGAUGGUUAGGAUAAUUGAAACUGAUUCAAAGGAAAAAUUUUUGAAUGGAAGGGAAGAUAAGCUUCAUAUAGAGGAGAACGUUUUGGACAAUAAGCGAGAGAAACUUACUUCCAAAGAAGAAACUUUGAAGAGAUGA